CUGUCCGCGCAGCUGGUGGUGCUGAAGCUGAACAAGAUGGCUGUUUGCUGGGGACCGGAGAGCUGAGGGAGAGCGGGGAAAGAGGCGCUAAGAAACGGAGAAAGAAAGGGCUGCGACGCCGGUGUUCCCUUUCCGAGUGAGAGGACGGUUGACGGUUUGUUUAUUUUUCUUUCUUUCUUUCUUUCUUUUUUUUUUUUUUUGCCGGCUGUCACGAAGACAGUCGGGCUCCGCUGCCGCUGCUAACCAGCGACGCCUGGCUUCACCCAUCUCCAGCCCAGCCGCUCAUCGUUCCCGGGCUGCCUUCAGCACAGAUUAACACUGCCAAUUAGGAAACUGGUGAAGAAGCUGGAGUCUGGACUAAAGGAGCGCAUAAGAAAUGUCAUUGCUGUGUGUUGGAGUAAAGAAAGGCAAGCUCGAUGGACCCCAAGAGAAAUUUAACACAUACGUGACCUUGAAGGUGCAAAAUGUUAAGAGCACCACCAUUGCUGUGCGUGGCAGUCAACCAUGCUGGGAACAGGACUUCAUGUUCGAAAUAAACCGUCAGGGGCUGGGCCUCACAGUGGAGGUCUGGAACAAAGGACUGAUCUGGGACACCAUGGUGGGAACUGUAUGGAUCCCCCUUCAAAGCAUACGACAGUCCAAUGAGGAGGGUCCGGGUCAGUGGCUGACCCUGGACUCGAAUGUUAUUAUGGCUGAGAAUGAAAUCUGUGGAACCAAAGACCCGACCUUUCACAGGCUGCUGCUUGACACUCGCUUUGAACUGCCAUUAGACAUUCCAGAAGAGGAGGCCAGAUACUGGGCUAAGAAACUCGAGCAACUUAAUGCAAUGAGAGAUCAAGAUUAUGCCUACCAAGAAGAACAAGAGCAAUCACUCCAUGCCCCCUCCACACAGUGCUGUAAUUGGAGUCUGUGGGGAGACCAGCAGAACGAGGACCCAGACAGUGCAGUUGAUGACAGGGACAGUGACUACCGCAGCGAGACCAGUAACAGCAUCCCUCCUCCCUUCUACACCACCUCCCAGCCCAAUGCUUCCAUGCACCAGUACCCAAUGCGGCAUCAACACUACAGGCACUCCUUCAGCGAUGACAUCCAUGAGCUGGACUACGAUCACAGAACAAUGAGACGCUAUGAUAGUUUAGACUCUGCCACCAACGGGCGCAGCGAUAUCGACUCAGGCUCAGGGUCGAGCCAGCGCACCAGUCGUCAGUAUUCUCUAGACAGUAGGCACUCUCUGUCCGAUAGUCCCACAGACAGCCGCUAUGCCUCAUCAGCGGAGCUGAGCAGAGGAAGCUCUCAGCUUAGCGAGGAGUUUCCUCCAGAGGACGGUGAAAGCUUUCAAGGUUCAGAGUUCUAUGAUGAAAACGACUCGUACCACUCCUGCCAUUCUUCCGUCAGCUAUGGCAAAGAAGAUUCCCCUGGCUGGGAUGGGGAGGACCACCAAGGGGUCUACAGUGACGAGGGAGGCUAUCUCAAAGAUGGAGGGGAAGAGGGUGCACUGUAUGAUGAAGAGGAAGGUGACAUUUACGCAGAGGAAGGGCAGUAUAACUAUCAAGAUGAGGAAGAGAUUCAAUACAGAGAUGAAGACAUGUAUCCACUGGGUGAUAAACAAAGCCAAGACAAGGAGUCGACCUACACUCCGUCAGUGCCAUCAGGCUCUGCAUCCACCUUGAUGACACCAUCUGAUGGCCUGUCUUCCUCCAGGCCACCUUUGGAGAAGCAAGCAUCUUUGCAUCAGCAGAGGCUUGCCCAGGAUCAGACCCAGUCGCCCAGUGCAGCUCUUGAACUACCUCCAGUCUCACAGGACAGCGUGUUGCCCUCUGAUGCUACAGAUUCCAUCAAGCCUUCCUUUGCUUCAUCACAGCCACAGAUGUCUGUCACAACAUCCACCCCAACCAUCCCAACCCAGGUUCCACCUCAGGACACCAAGCCCCUGGAGCCAGAGCCCAAAGCUGAAACCCCUCUGGAGGAUGUUUAUCCUCUCGAUCAGCCCCCAGCAGCAGAAACUGGGCAGCCUGCUCCUGAGGAGAAAACAGAAGAAGCUCCUGUUCCAAGCUUCCCAAAGAGAGAAAUCAUGGAGCCAGGUCCUGCUAGAGCCAAAGCUAACUGGCUUCGCCUUUUCAGUAGAGUGCGACUGCAACUACAAGAGGCACGAGGAGAGCAUGUUGGGAUUGCCUCAUUGCUUUUGUCUGCAGGCAUGGGUGGUGCUCUGUACAGCAUUGACAGCAUGCCAGACCUUAGAAAAAGGAAAGCAAUGCCUCUGGUCAGAGAUCUGGCAAUGUCUUUGGUCCAGAACUCCAGGAAGGCUGGCAUUACCUCAGCCUUAACGUCCAGCACCCUGCAUAACGAAGAACUGAAGAGUCAUGUCUACAAGAAGACCCUUCAGGCGCUCAUUUACCCGAUCUCUUGCACCACCCCACACAAUUUCGAGGUGUGGACAGCCACCACUCCAACUUACUGCUACGAGUGUGAAGGACUGCUGUGGGGUAUUGCUCGCCAAGGCAUGCGCUGCACUGAGUGUGGAGUCAAAUGCCAUGAGAAGUGCCAGGACCUGCUCAAUGCUGACUGUCUACAAAGAGCUGCAGAGAAGAGCUCCAAGCAUGGUGCAGAGGACAGAACCCAGAACAUCAUCAUGGUUCUUAAAGACCGCAUGAAGAUCCGUGAGAGGAACAAACCAGAGAUCUUUGAACUCAUCCAGGAAGUGUUUGCUGUCAUCAAGUCCACCCAUGUCACUCAAAUGAAGCAGAUCAAGCAGAGUGUGCUCGACGGCACCUCCAAAUGGUCAGCCAAGAUCUGCAUCACAGUGUUGUGUGCUCAGGGUCUCCAAGCAAAGGAUAAAACUGGUUCCAGUGAUCCCUAUGUCACUGUCCAGGUGGGGAAGACCAAGAAGAGGACCAAAACUAUCUAUGGCAACCUCAACCCUGUCUGGGAGGAAACAUUUAAUUUUGAAUGUCACAACUCCUCAGACCGCAUCAAGGUGCGAGUGUGGGAUGAAGACGAUGAUAUUAAGUCUCGGGUGAAGCAAAAGUUCAAGCGAGAGUCAGACGACUUCCUCGGUCAAACUAUCAUUGAAGUCCGCACUCUGAGUGGAGAGAUGGACGUCUGGUAUAAUCUUGACAAACGUACGGACAAAUCAGCCGUGUCUGGGGCUAUUCGAAUGCGCAUUAAUGUGGAAAUUAAAGGAGAAGAGACAGUCGCUCCAUAUCACGUACAGUACACCUGUCUGCAUGAGAAUCUCUUUCAUUAUGUAACAGAUAUCCAGAAUAAUGGUGUGGUGAAGAUCCCUGAUGCAAAAGGGGAUGAUGCUUGGAAAGUUUAUUUUGAGGAAACUCCCCAAGAAAUAGUAGACGAGUUUGCCAUGCGUUACGGAGUGGAGUCCAUCUACCAAGCCAUGACUCACUUUGCCUGCUUGUCAUCCAAGUACAUGUGCCCAGGUGUGCCUGCAGUCAUGAGCACCCUGCUGGCCAACAUCAACGCCUACUACGCCCACACCACCCAGGCAACCAACAAUGUUUCUGCUUCUGACCGAUUUGCUGCUUCAAACUUUGGAAAAGAGCGAUUUGUCAAGCUUCUAGAUCAGCUGCACAACUCUCUAAGGAUAGACCUCUCCAUGUAUCGAAAUAACUUCCCGGCCAGCAGCCCUGAGAGACUACAGGAUCUCAAAUCCACAGUUGACCUCCUCACCAGUAUUACCUUCUUCAGAAUGAAGGUUCAGGAGCUCCAGUCCCCACCCAGGGCCAGUCAGGUUGUAAAGGAUUGUGUGAAAGCCUGCCUCAACUCCACCUACGAGUACAUCUUUAAUAACUGUCACGAACUCUACAGCCGCGAGUACCAAACAGACCCAGCCAAGCAGGGCGCUGUGCCUCCUGAGGAGCAGGGACCCAGUAUAAAGAACCUGGACUUCUGGUCCAAACUCAUCACACUUAUUGUUUCCAUCAUUGAGGAGGACAAAAACUCUUACACUCCCUGCUUAAACCAAUUUCCCCAGGAGCUCAACGUUGGAAAAAUAAGUGCCGAAGUAAUGUGGAAUCUGUUUGCUCAGGACAUGAAGUAUGCAAUGGAAGAACAUGAGAAAAACCGCUUGUGUAAGAGUGCCGAUUACAUGAACCUGCACUUUAAGGUUAAAUGGCUGUACAACGAAUACUGCAAAGACCUUCCCUUCUUCAAGAGCCGAGUGCCUGAAUACCCUGCGUGGUUUGAGCCGUUCGUCAUCCAGUGGCUGGAUGAAAAUGAGGAAGUCUCUCGUGACUUUUUACACGGGGCUUUGGAGAGAGACAAAAAAGAUGGGUUCCAGGUCACAUCAGAACAUGCUCUCUUCUCUUGUUCGGUGGUGGAUGUGUUCUCCCAGCUCAACCAGAGCUUUGAGAUCAUCAGAAAGUUAGAGUGUCCAGAUCCACAGAUCGUAGGACAUUACAUGAAGCGAUUUGCCAAGACCAUCAGCAAUGUUCUUCUGUCCUAUGCUGAUAUCAUUUCCAAGUUGUUUGCCAACUAUGUUACCAUGGAGAAAGUGCCCUGCAUUCUGAUCAACAACAUCCAACAACUGAGGGUUCAGUUGGAGAAAAUGUUUGAAGCCAUGGGUGGAAAAGACCUGUGUGUGGAGGCCAGUGAUAUCCUGAAAGAUCUGCAAGUGAAGCUCAACAAUGUCAUGGAUGAUCUGAGCAGAGUCUUUGCCGUCAGUUUCCAGCCUCACAUUGAAGAAAAUGUGAAGCAGAUGGGCGACAUCUUGGCUCAGGUGAAAGGGACGUCGAAUGUAGGGAACGCCAGCAGUGUGGCCCAGGACGCCGACAACGUCUUGCAGCCAAUCAUGGAGUUUCUGGACAGCAACCUCUCUCUGUUUGCUAAGAUUUGUGAGAAGACUGUCCUAAAACGUGUGUUGAAGGAGCUGUGGAAGCUGGUAAUGAACACCAUGGAGAAAACCAUCGUUCUGCCUCCACUCACAGACCAAACGGGGAGGCUGAAGAGUGCUUCUCACAGUGAUGGCACUCAGCUCAUCUUCAACGCUGCCAAGGAGCUCGGACAGCUGUCUAAACUGAAGGAGCACAUGGUGCGUGAAGAGGCCAAAGCACUAUCACCCAAGCAGUGUGCUGUGAUCGAGCUGGCUCUGGACACCAUCAAGCAAUACUUCCAUGCUGGUGGUGUGGGUCUGAAGAAAACUUUCCUGGAAAAAAGUCCUGACCUCCAGUCUCUCCACUACGCCCUGUCCCUCUACACUCAGGCCACUGACAAACUCAUUAAGACCUUUGUCCAGUCGCAAAAUGCCCAAGUGUUCGGCGGGAAGGGGGUGAGAUUCACCACUAGUGAGGAUGUUUACCCAGAAAAGGGCACCGGAGUGGACGACGCUGUGGGCGAAGUGUCCAUCCAUGUGGAGGUUUUCACUCAUCCGAACACCGGCGAACAUAAAGUCACAGUGAAAGUGGUGGCUGCCAACGACCUGAGGUGGCAGACGCAGGGAAUAUUCCGCCCGUUCGUGGAGGUCUACAUCAUCGGCCCCCACCUGAGCGACAAGAAGAGGAAGUACGCCACCAAGUCAAAGAACAACAGCUGGGCUCCUAAAUACAAUGAAACCUUCACUUUCACACUGAGCAACGAGGUGGGUCCAGAGUGCUACGAGCUGCAGGUGUGUGUGAAGGACUACUGCUUCGCCCGAGAGGACCGCACCGUGGGCAUGGCCGUCCUGCAGCUUAAGGAUGUGGCCUCUAAGGGCAGCGCCGCCUGCUGGCUGCCGCUGGGUAAGCGCAUCCACAUGGACGAGACAGGCCUCACCGUCCUGCGCAUCCUCUCCCAGCGCAACAACGACGACGUGGCCAAAGAGUUUGUCAAGCUCAAGUCCGACCAGCGCUCUACAGAGGAGGGCCGUGGUUAAAAAAAAAAGACGAAAAUGUCAAAGUGGGGCUUAAAACGCCAUGUCUGGAGCUCAGUCAGACAGCCACUGCCCUGCGGCUCUCCUGAGUCACCGCAAGUCACUGCCAGGAUAAUCCAGAGUUGUAAAAGCACAGAUAAGACAGGAGGCAACACACACUCAGUCCUGUAAAUACUUUUAUUCCAGUGGCGAAGACGCAAAGCAAAGACGAGCAUCACCAAGUCCACCAGUGUCUUUAUUGUUGCUGAUGUGUUUUAAUCAUCCUUUUUGAUUAGCGAUACAGUUUCCCUAUUUGUCGUGGAGAAACACACACACUUACUGGAGUGAUCAGGUGGAGAAAUGUCUUGUAGCCUCUAAAUAUUUUUAGCCAUCUUUCUCACUUUCUUUUUUUUAAGUUUCUGCCCUGUCAUCCCUUCCCUGGUGUGUGCCCACUCAGAGAAGGGACCGCAAGUGCCAACAGAUAAUUACUGAUAUAUGCCAAGACCAUUCCCAAGCACAACAGGACCGACCGUCCAGCCGACACACAACGCAAACAGGCUCAAAACAUUCCAGAUAUCAGAAACAAAGCACUUUUAGUUUAUCACUCAAGUUUAUUACUUUCUUAUUCUAGAUCUAUAUUUAUAUUUAAAUAAUUCUAUAUAUGAACAUGCAUAUAUAAAAAAUAUAUAAAGGGAAAUAUAUAAGCUUACAGGAUUAUUCGAUGGAGGUCAUCGUAGUCUGUCUUUCUGAGCGUCUACCCUGUAACAGAGCACUGCCUGACACCCUCAAAGCCUUCUGUCCUGUUGACCCUCGUCCUCUGUCUGCGUCCUGUGUGGGACAGCAUGGAGAGAGAGAAAUCUGAUGAAAGCACACAUCUGAGCACUGUGAUUCAUCAGAUUAUACAUAAGUAUAUGUGAGUGAGUGAGUGAGUGAGUGAGUGAGUGAAUGAGAAUGGACUCGGUGUGAUUGUGAAGAUGUCGACCUCGUGUUGCUGGCUACCUUCAAAUGUAAUCACAAAGAGAAGCCAUCGCUACGUUAGUGACAUGUGGAGGAUCCGUUCAGUCUUUAUAGGUUUGUUUACCAUUUUAAGGUCAAAACUUUCAUUUUUCUGUUAUUUCUAACCUUUGUGUUUUUACUGCAAACAUUCCUAACAGCCCAGACUGGGUCUGUCAGCCGUGCAAUACAGCAGAGAGAUUAAAACCCAUGUCGUUUCCUUUCAGAAUAAAAGCACCUAACUGCCAAAUAAGGAGGAAGGAAAUUAUUUAACAGGUAACAUGCAUAGAGAAAAUAUUUUUGCAAAGUAGCAUCAUGUGAAGUGAAACAUCUCGCCCUUCACUAACCCGAGUGAGCACAGAUCUUCAAUAUUACCAAUAUUAUUUAGCUGUGCGAUGCCUUGCAAAUUCUGAAGCUUUUCACGUUUUGUCUCAUUCCUACCACAAACUUCAGCGUUUUUUAUUGAACUUUAUUAAGAUUGACCAACACAAAACAAAACAUUUGAGCAACAAAGCAAAUCAAAGUCCUUUGAGUCAUAAAAACAACAUUAAAUCACUGAUUGAGAAACCAGGGUUCAUAUAAGGCCCAAGAAAAUACAUGGAAGUUUGUGGUUUUAAAUUUACAGAAUGUAAAAAGUUUGCUACUUUUACAAGGCAUGUCACGUGCUUCACUCCGAAAUCCAGAAAAGCCUCCGGUGAAGGGCUGCUGAUCCAAACCAGAACUGGUCUGCAUCCCACAUUUAGAAGACAACAUUAGGGUCCAAACAGUGUACAGAGACAUUUCCAAUACUCAGUCGCUGUUGCAUCUGUGAAAACUCAUUUGUUGUCUAUUUUGUUUUGACUUUCAAUAAUUAUCUAAAAGAUUUCAGAAAAAAAUACAUUAAAUCCCUGAGCAGUUGAGGUUUAAAACAUUUUAGAUUCCGUUAACUUUUCAUCAAUCUCACUAUGGGUUUACAAAACCUCUAAAACUAAAUAUAUUUAUGAGUUUUCUUUCUGUAACAACUUAAAAGAAUAAAGCAGAAGAAAUUUUGUGUUCAGGACUCAAAACGAUGUAUUUCUGGGUCUUGAGUAAUUAAAAAGGCCCCAUUAUUGAACAAAGUGGACCAACUGAACUCUAUGCAUCUGAUCUGUAAACUCUAUCUAGAUGAGUCCUUCCUGAAUCAGUCUUACAAUGUUUACAUGGUGGAUUAUUAAUCUAAUUAUAGCAGCACAAGUGUCUGAUAUGUUGUAAAGCUGUCUGCUUUCUGGGCCAAAAGUCAAAGCUGUUGUGGCGUCGAUCAGAGACUGAAGUUUUGUUGAUGUAGGAAAAGAUGGUCCUGAAGCGGAUUGUUGUAAAUAGCUGCCAUGUAAAACACGUCAGAAUACGUGAAGUGAAAUUUGCUGCUCUGUUGUAGACUUGAAUUUAGCACGGAGCGACCCAAGCAGGUGAUUAAGUGCAAAUGGGUUUCCAGUUUGAGCAUGGAGCUACAGCUGAAAGAUAUACUGUAGGAAGGCCGUGUCCAUAAUGGAGAUGAAUUACAAGCCAUAUGCAUCUGCUUGAUUAGGAACUAAAAUGAAAGUUUCUGACUUUCACUCUGGCAGUACACACAUUGUUACACCAUGUGGGCUACAAAGGUCUAAAAAAAAAAACGUAUUUAUAAAUGUUGUGUAACUCACUAGCAUGUAAAAGGUCUUUUUAUUGGAAGAAAACAUCUGCACAGUCUUGACAAAAAAAAAAAUACAGUCAUACAAUUGACAUCUUGCUGGAAACGCCACGAAAAUAAUCUUUAUUGCUGUUGACAAUGAUUCUCUUUAAUCGAGGAAGGUCUUCCUCCUGCUGGGCCGUCGGGUUUGAAGCUGAAGUAGAUGAAGCACAAUGAAAAGCACAUACAUAACACACAGAGGCGGACAGACACGCAUGACCAUCCUCCCCUCCCCCUUGCUCUGUCCGGCCGGCCGAACCACAUGGGCGCGCCGGUCGUGUACUUCCAGAAACGGUGCAUGACGGGAACAAGAAAAACAAAAAGAAACCGUGUUGUGUCAGCACGCAUUAAUUAUUUGAUGUUCAAUGCCAAUUGUUGUCUUCUAUAUUUUGAUAUUUGGAUUAUUGUUUUCUAUUUUUCAAAUGUUUGUGAAUAUAUAAAUAUGUAUUACUGAUGACGUGUAGUGGGUGCAAAGUACUGGCAUGAGAAUUUUUUUACACAAAAGAUGUUUCUAAUUUAGUUUUUGUUUUAUUAUUCUGGUUGUUGGGGGCCGAGGCUCCUGAGACUACAGUCCAACUGUGUUUCUGCUACCAAUAAAACAUGGAAAACAGAAAUUUCACACUUUUCUCUGUCGCUUUGUGCAAAGAUACAAUGAAGCUACAUUUCCACCAAUGUGGAUCCAUUUGUUGGCAUUUCUGGUCAAAAACAAUAUGUGAAAAGUGUCCAAUAUGAUUCUUUUAUUGUAGCUGUAUAUCUUUUUCACUGAAUAAUUAAAAAUAUAAUAAAUCAA